AUGAAAGCUUCUCGAGAUUGCACUUAUGCAGAUCAAUCUAUAUUCCGUAGUCGAACACCAAGACGUAAACAAACAAACAGAGUCAGCUGGUCAGGAAAACAACAGCCCGAUGUGUUCGACGAAGAUCACAGAUGGGUUGAGGUUCCAAGCAAGCUCACCUUUGUCCAAGUCGAAGAUCCUUGGGCACCUGAUAAUGAUACCAUUGCAGAUACAAAAGAAGGUGAUAUGGAUAAAGGGACAGAUAUUGGCGUGGAAAAUGCCGACUCUGGCCGUCAUGAAAUGUCAGACUAUGGCUCUAUCCAACCUCACUCUCUCCAACAUGCACCGACUCUAGAUGCACCUCAGGAAAAUACUCCCCCGGUUUACCCUCCUGAAAACUUCGAUCUUGAUCCCUUUAAUAGGGUUAUAGCUUCACACUUGUUGCGACAUUUUCAGCAAGGCCCAGGCCGGUGGAUGGAUCUCUUCGAUACAACGGCCUACUUCUCUUCAAAAGUCCCCGUACUCGCAGCAUCGAGGCCACUAUUGAAAUCGGCCGUGUGUGCUCUUUCUGCGAAACAUCUACGACAUCUCUAUCAGACUUGUGCACCUUUACGCAACAACUUCGGUCUUCCUAUGGCAGGCGAGGAGACAUGGCAGUAUCAAUCAACAAAAUAUUACGAUCAAGCCCUUGGCCGUGUGAAGACAGCCAUCGACUUGGAAACAUAUGUUGAUAACCCCGCCGACAAGGAAGAGAUGCUCGCUGCCGUUGCGAUACUCUGCACCUUCGAAUUGAUGGACGCUCCUGGCAGUGCGUGGAGAGCUCAUUUGGGCGCAUUACCCCUCUUCAACGAUAACGCAACUUCUAUACCAGCCCAAUCAACCAUCGUAAUUCCUCAAACGGCUAUAAAGGGGCCAAUAUUCUGGAGCCUCGCAAGACAGGACUUGCUGUGUGCCUUCAUAAGCGAGACUCAGACUCGACUGGAUCUAAAGGACAUGCGUCUCUGGCAGAAUGCAGGCCUAGCAACUGAUGAGCACGGAGCUCUCCUACCGUGCAGCCCCUUUAGUAUGACAGAUAUCCACAAUUCUUCCGGCGUCGAAGAAGAUAUGAAAAGCAAUGAGCUCACGUGGAUUCUUGGUAAAAUUGCAAACCACCUGUCCGCUGGAGAUGCUCUGGUUCCUGAGGACUUCGCACUACCCCCUGGACAACGGCUUCCAAUCGGGUUAAACCAGGAGUAUCUUUUAAGCCGAUGGAACAUGUUGAUAACCGAGUUGGAUAACUGGCAUGACUCCCUUCCGCCAUCCUUCAAUGCGACUGCUCGUAUACGGGCAUGGGGCUGUGCUAAUUUACAGCACACAUUAAGCUUGGAUGUCUUCGAACAGAUUUGGUUUGAUUUGCCAUUAUGCGCGGCAACAAUGCAAAGCUAUCACCAAGCAAAGAUCUUAUUAUUAGCAAACGAGCCGCAAGAGUCUACAGCCAUCCGGUCAACCGUAUCAGCGCGCUUGAGAUCUUAUCGACAUGCUCUCCGAGAGGUUGUCUAUCACGCCAGGGAGAUCUGUGGUAUAAGCCUUGGGAAUUCGGGAGAUUCGGUUCGGGUAAAUUCCGUGCAAGCCUUGUUUGUCGCUGGACAAGUCUUCCAGGAACCCCGUGAGCAGGAUGCGGUCCUCGAAAUACUUCUUGGAAUUGAAAGAGAUCUCGGGUGGACAACAAAAUACCAUGUGGCUAAGCUGACUGAUGAAUGGGCAAGGGGCAGUGAAGGUAAUCACGUUGGUCGGGCUGAACAUCGGGAUUGGCUGUGA